AUGAGUAUGGACAUGGAUAUGGGAGAUAUGGGCGACAUGCACAUGUCGCACGAAUCUGAAAUGCACAUGGUCUUCCAAAACAGUAUCACCACAUCACUCUAUUCAGACUCCUGGACACCUAAUUCGCCGGGCGCCUACGCUGGAACCAUCAUCUUCUUACUCAUCCUUGGUAUCGCAUUUCGACUACUACUAGCAGGCAAGGCACUAGCGGAGGAGCGAUGGCUAGAUGCUGAGAUGAAGCGAAGAUACGUUGUCGUCCAAGGAAAGAUCCCGGUCGCGGAGCAGGUAUCCACGGAUAGCCUUGGUAAGAAGAUGACACUUACCGAGAAUGGUGUCGAGGAGGAUGUUGUCGUGGUCCAGAAGAAAAGAAACCAUCUCCGUCCUUGGCGAAUGUCCGUGGACCCCAUCCGUGCGGUACUAGAUACGUGCAUCGUAGGUGUCAGUUACCUUCUCAUGUUGGCAGUCAUGACGAUGAACGUGGGAUAUUUUAUCGCGGUCCUCGGCGGUACUUUCCUAGGCAGCUUGCUCGUCGGCCGAUUCUAUAACUCAGAACACUAA